AUGUCGACCGCCUCCCGCAGCAUCCUCAUCACCUCCGCCUCGGGCAACAUAGGCCAGAAGCUCAUCCCCCUACUCCUAUCCACCCUUUCCACAGCCUCCUUCACCCUCGUGCUCCCUACGCGCGACGCGGCGCGCCUGCGCUCUAAACUCGCCCUCCCGGACGCCCUCUCCGCCCGCCCCAAUCUCGUCAUCGCCGAGGGCGACACAGCCAACGUGCCCUGGCUGGAGUCGCUGCUGCGCGAGCACGCCGUCGACACGGUGCUCAGCAACUUCGCCCACGUCGAGGAGCUGAUCCUGACGCUCAACCUGUGGAGCGCAUGCGAGGCCGUCGGCAUCAAGCACUUGAUCUACAUCUCGGCAUGCAUGGAUACCUCGCUCGAGGCCGUGCGCGCCGGCACGCUGCGCAACGUCCUGGCCGCGCAUGUAGCGUGCAAAUUCCCCGCCGAGCAGCGCCUGAUGUACGGGAGUCCGCCGUUCUCAUGGACGAUCCUGGGACCGACACUUUUCUUCCAAUCGGAUCAGAUGUUUAAGGAAGCGCUAUUGAAGGAUGGAUUAUACAACUUUCCGAUGGGGCGGAAGGGGAGUAGCAGGGUCGACACGGCUGAUAUUGCGCUCGGGGCGCUGAGGGCGAUAGAGGACGGGGGGAAGUCGUGGGGCGGGAAGAAGAUCAUGAUCGGAUCUAGAGAGGCUUACAAGGCGGAGCGGGUGGCGAAGCUCUGGGGCGACGCGCUGGGUAGGGAUGUCACGGCGAUGGGUGCCCGCUCCGAAGAUUUGAAGAUGCUGGAGGAUGCGCUUAUACCGCAUGCUGGGGGGGCUUGGGCGAGGGAUCUUGUUCUGAUGGCCAGGCAGUUCGAUAUGGAUGGCUUCGGUAUGACUGAUGAGCAGUAUCAGGAGCAGGUCAGGUUCCUGGGCAAGGAAGCUUCGAGCUAUGAGGAUUUCGUGAGGAAGACGGCUAAGGCGUGGAAGGCCGAAGCUUGA